UAAAUGUAUUCCAAAAUCGGAUCGAUUGUUUUGAAUUUGAUAAAAUAUUUUUAGAUCAGUAAUCAGUUUUGAAAACUGAUUAAUUAUUUUUUAAGUUUAGGUUUAAUUCUCAAGGCGCGAUGGCUGACAAAGAAGAUGACGAAACCUUUCAAGAAAAUGACGUAUAUAUAAAUCCUGAAGAUGGAAUGCCUAAUGUCCAUCCAAAUAUUGCUGAUAUACAUCCUGACAGUGAUUCGCAUGACGAACUUAACGAAUUUGAUGAUCUACCAAAGUCCGUGAUUGUAACAAAUAUACCCAGCGAUGUCUUCUCCGACGAAAAGUUGAAAAAAGAACUUGAAGAUUUAUUUCGUACGUUUUCUGAUAACAUAACUUUUCAGUGGUUAAAAAGUUUUAAACGCCUACGUGUGAACUACGACAGCCCUCUAGCUGCAGCCAAUGCACGAGUGCAGCUUCACCAGUAUCACUUCCAUAGUACUUAUAUUAAUUGUUAUUUCGCUCAACCUGUUACGCCAAUUUCAUUGAAGAAUCUGCAACCGCCGGCGCCUGUCAAGCAGUAUCUGAUUUCUCCACCAGCUAGCCCUCCUAUUGGAUGGGAGCCUCGGGAAGAAGGUGAACCUAUAGUAAAUGCUGAUUUAUUAGCAGCAAUAGCUAGUUUGGCUCCUGGAGAAAGUCAUGAACUCCAUGCCCCUACUCCGACUCAGCCUGCAAUUAUUGUGCACACAGCCCUAUCAGCUGAGCCUGCACCUAUAUCCUGUAAGAUUCAACACACAAGAUGUCCUGAAUACUGAUAUGCCUUGUUGGAAUUUGUAGAUGAAUUAUAUUUUUAGAGUAGCAGUCCAAUGCUUUUUUCUGUCACAGAAGUCAAUUUGACCCGUGAAGCCAAAGAUAUUGCAGAGUUACUAAAAUUAGUGAAAUUUAAACAAAACUGGUAAUAUAUGGGCUCAGUUAUAUAAAUUUAAAAUAAUUAUAUCUACAAACACAUUAAUUUUAUCUACAUAAAACUACACUUUUAGUAACUUAUGCCCUGUAUUACCAAUUUAUGUAGAUAUAUUUGCUUUUUAAUUUAUUUAUGUGAGGAUUAAUAAAAUUAUAUUGGUGCUAUUUUUUGAAUAACAUAACAUUUAUGUUUUCAGUUAUUAGAUAAAUAUAGAUUUAAUUUUGGAUAUAUAUUUAACACACCGUUUCUGGAAUAACAAUUUUAUUAAAUAUUAAAAGGUGAUGUUGGAAAAUCCAAAAUUGAUAGGUAUUUUUAGGACACUUAUUUAAUAUAACAUAUCAUGACUCUUCAGGAUUUCCCACAAAAAAAUUUAUUUGCUCAACUUAAUAUUUUUGUCUUUGAAAACCUUUUAUAUAGUUCCUGACUAACAAUAUGUUUACCACCAGUUGGAAAAUAAUUGUUUAAGGUGUUAUUACUAAAAUAUCUAUUAUGUUUUAUUCAUUGGAAUAAAUCUUAUAUAUAGAUAGGAAUAAACAAGUUCUCUAUGUG